AUGGGAAACUGUGGAAUCGUGAAAACACCACAAUAAUUGAAAAUGUAUAAAUCAGGCAAUGAUCUGUAUGAGGCCUUUGCUUCAUUAAAAUAAUUAGAUGAAUAAAUUUUUAGUGUAAUGUUUGAAAUGUUAAAAAAAAAAGAAUUGGAGAUUGUCUACAAUUUUUCUAAUAAGUUCAAAAUCAAAGGGCAGUUGAAAUGUAAUAGGUAGAAAAUUCUUCACUAUUGGGAAAGGAAGAGAUGCUCAAUAUUGGAAUGA